CCCUCCGCCAUGGCCGAUGUGGAGGACGGGGACGAGCCCGGCGCCCCCCACUCGCUGUCGGGCUCCGCGGGCUCCAAGGCGGGCGCCCCCGACAAGAUGUUCUCGCUGAAGAAGUGGAACGCGGUGGCCAUGUGGAGCUGGGACGUGGAGUGCGACACCUGCGCCAUUUGCAGGGUGCAGGUCAUGGAUGCCUGUCUUAGAUGUCAAGCUGAAAACAAACAAGAAGAUUGUGUUGUGGUUUGGGGAGAGUGCAAUCAUUCCUUCCACAAUUGCUGCAUGUCCUUGUGGGUGAAACAGAAUAAUCGCUGUCCCCUCUGCCAGCAGGACUGGGUAGUCCAGAGAAUAGGCAAAUAAAAUCUGGAAGGAUUUCUUUCUGUUGCACUUACUGGAAUGGUGUGUGUGUUAUACCCUAUGCUGAUGCAGAACAGAAGGUGUCCAUCAGGACAUGACUGGGUUUGCUUGCUCCAAGAGCAGGGUGGGUUUGGUGCAGGCCUCUGGCUGCUCAAGGUGCAGGCCAUGGGCAGGCUCACUGCAGGGGUUCACAAUUCAAACAGGAGAUGCUACUUCAACAAAUGUAUCUGCUAUGGUUAGAGUGUUCUCUCAGAUCAGAGCAUAGAAACUUAGUGGUGCAGAUUAUACCCUAAACAUUUAAUCUUUUUCCAUUGAUAAAUGAAUUAAAUUGAAAGGGUCACCUUACCUGGUCUGAUACACUGCAUAGUUUACUGCCAGGAUAAAGCAAAUGUUUCCUAAAUACUAUUGUAAGCAAAAACACAGUCAGUGUGUUUUUUAAGAAACUAUUCUGAGUUUUAAUCUAAAAUUGACAGUGUGUAAAACAUUUGCUAUGUGCUUUUUCCAUGACACUCUAUUAAACAUUUCUAAUUUAGGGUUUCUUUAUGACUUUCGUUUUCUUGUAUCUCUGCAUGUGUUGCUCUGUUAUAUUCUAUACAUGAUUUCUACAACCAUAACAUUAAAAUUUAAACAUGUUAAUUAAUUUUUUUUUUUGUAUUUCUGUUAGUGAUCAUGGAGACAUGUAUUUUCAAUCCAAAGAUUUUUUGUACAAAGCCAUGUAUUUGAUAUCAGUUAACUAGAGGUGUAGACAAUCAUGCUGGUUAGCCAAUUAAUAUAGGAAACAAACAAAAGUGAUAAUUUAAAUAACCCAAGAAAAAGAGGCAUUAAUUAAAUCUAGGGAAAAAUGGUAAAUUGUGAUUUCAUGAGAAUUUGGUUAAUAGAAAUUUCUUUAUUAUCUUUUUAUUGGUCAUAGUGUUUUGGAAGCGUUUUUCAUUUUUGUGGAAAUCCUGAAUAUAUCAUCAUCUUUGAAUUUUUUCUUUCAGCUGUUAAAGUGCUUGCCUCUAACUUUGUCUUUUCCCUAAAUACCCAAAUUAUUAUGAAUCUGAAUAUAUGCUGUGGGAUUUUUAAAAUAUAUGUAACAGAGAGGUAGAAUUAUUGCUUUCAAUCUGUAACAAAUUCAGGCUUAAUAAAAUGGUCAAUCAAUAUGGGUGAAAUUGAAGCAAUAUAUUAUGCAUUGUUUACUUCAAAAUUAUCAUCUUUAAUGUUUAAUAUGUUUCUCAGUAGAUGUGUUUCUAUCUAAUUCUAAGUACAUUUAAAGAGGUUUAUCUUCACUAUAUAAACUAGUUCCAAUAUCUGUGUUAUCAAGCAUAUUGCAGAGUUUACUGUGGUUUUGUUUAAUAUUGUAAUCUUGGUUUUUAAGAUGUUGUGAUUUUUUUAAAUGUAGCUUUUGUUUAAUUACACACUGAGAUAAAAAAAUCCUGAGUCACUGUUACACUGUAUCACAUCAGUUGUUACUAUGCCAGAUGAUGUCUGUCUUAAAACUCAAAACAAAUGUCAAAUAUAUUAACAGUAGUAAUGAAGUGCCUCUAGCAUUUACAUUGUUGUGGAGUAUUUCUGUUUGUGUAAAAAAGUAUUCCCAAAAUUCUUGCUGAAAAAAGAAAUCAGAGUGGACAUAAAAAUAAAUUUUAGCUGUCACAGUGAAA